AUGAAAAAAAUUGAAAAAGAACUUAGAAAUGUAUCUUGCAGUGCUGUGUUUGGUGGCUUGCGGGGUGGUUCGUUCACUUAUGCUCAUGCUACAAUUGAUCGCCAAAUUAGGAACGAUCUCUUCAGAGCGGUUACCAAGCAGGAAAUUGGAUUUUUCGAUGCCAACAAAACAGGAGAAAUCUGCUCACGGCUGACCGCUGAUUGCCAAACGAUGUCGAACACUUUGUCCCUUUAUAUGAAUGUUUUAACAAGAAAUCUAACGAUGCUGUUCGGUUCUUUGAUUUUCAUGACGACACUCUCAUGGCGUCUGUCGAUGAUCACUCUUAUCACCGUCCCACUUAUGUUUCUUGUGAACAAAGUCUUUGGUGUUUGGUAUGACAAAUUGUCCGAAGAAACGCAGAAUUCCAUUGCACAAGCGAAUGACGUCGCCGAGGAGGUGCUUUCGGCUAUUCGUACAGUGAAGAGUUUUGCAUGUGAGAGAUUUGAGGGACAC